CGCAUCGGCAUUCAAAAAAGCUGAUUUUCGUCUGCUUAUUGUUGUAUCUGGCUGCACGUGUACUCUUUAAUGUCUAAUCGUAAUAGAUUAGAUUAUUUAUAAAAUCUGAUGUUGAUUAUUCAUGAUAAUAAUUCAAUUUUUUAUCCCAGUUGACUUCGGAGAAAAGAAUUUUCUAAAAUUAGCAAAGAUGCAAAAUCACUCGACACCCUGCAAGUCACAAUUCAUCGAUUUGGAUGAUAAUCCGGCUGAAAUGGCUUGUUUACUAUGUGAUUCUAUGUUUUUAUUACCCACAAAUAAACAGGAGUUUUUGGAGCAUUUAAUGAAAGAUCAUAGCUUAAUUAUAGGAGAUGUUGAUAAAAUAGCUAGUCUUAAAUCCUAUAUUAGAUAUUGGAAAGUGAGAUUCAGAGGACAACUUCUUACAACGUUUUGUACAACUUUGAAAGAAGAUAAACCUAAAGAUUCUUCCUCUGGUGAUAAUCAACUUAAAACAGACUAUUAUUUUAUGCUCUCGGACUGCUUGGCAGAAGAUAAGGCAUUACGAGAUGAAUUAAGUAGAGCAAAACUGGAAUAUGUUUGUGCUGUACAAGUCAAAGAAAGGUCGGAUACAUCAUUCAAAAGAGGAUGUAUGUUUUGCAGGACAGAUUUUGCUGGCUCUCGAAUUGAAUAUUUAAAGCAUCUAACUUCAAAACAUAAUAUUAUAUUUGGGAAACUAGAAAAUCUAGUUUUCAUCGAUGAAUAUCUUGAUAAAUUAGAAGAAUGUAUUGAAAAUUUAACUUGCAUUUAUUGCGAAGGAAAGUUCAAAGAUAGACUUGUAUUGAAAGAACACAUGCGCAAAAAACUUCACAAAAAAGUCAAUCCAAAUAACAAAGUGUAUGACAAAUUUUAUCUUACAAGUUACUAUCGAACAGACAAUCGGCAGACUCAUAACAAAGUUGACGUUGAAGUUAAUGAAGAUUUACAUGAGGAAAGUGAAGAAGAAAAAAGUGAUGAGUGGGAAACAUGGAAAACUGAAUACAUCAAAGUGAGACACUGCUUAUUUUGUAAUCAUACAACAGAUGAUUUUCAUGCAAUUUUGGAUCAUAUGAAAUUAGUUCACAAUUUUGAUUUGAAAGAUGCAACACAAGGACGCGAUUAUUAUGACAAGGUCAAAAUAGUUAAUUAUAUACGACGUCAAAUGAGAGAAUCAAAAUGCAUGUAUUGCGAAGAAGUUCAAACAGAUUGUCUCUCACAUAUGAAAGAACAAAAUCAUUUUAAAUUACCAAUUGAAAAGAUUUGGGUCUUCCCUGAAUAUUUUUUUCCAAUUAUAGAAAACGAUGAAAUUUUAGGUGACUUAGAUACUGAUAGUGAUGAAAAAAUAGAAACAGAACUUAAGAAUAACAUAUCUAAUAUUGAAAUAUAAUUUUAUGAAUUUUAUUUAUAUAAUGUAAUUUUUAUAAAUUGAAGAAU